AGAGUCUUUCAUUUGGUACAUAAGAAAAGAAAGAAAUGACACUUUACAUUUUCUUCUAUUUUUCUUUAAAAACACUUUUUCUUAACUUUUUUUUUACCACUAAACAAUAAAAAACUAUUUUCAAAUCAAUUUUUUUAGUUUAUUGUUCAUUAUUUCCAGCUUCUCUGCAUCUUCAAUUCUUCAUACUCAAGUAUCACCGGAAUCUGUCUUUCAUGGACAAAGAAGGUGUUGAACUUCAAACUGAUGCAGGUUCAAUGAUAGGAGAUUCUUUACUUCUUCAUAACCAGGUUUCAAGAAGACCUAGUCUUUCCUCUUUACAGAUACCAACAAGGUCACUAGAAAGUGCAUUUUCUUCUUCUACUAAGACAGAUGGUCCUACAUUAUCAAGUCCGGGUUCCACUAGAGGACUGCCACCAAGGCCACAUUCUACUAAAGUCAAAUCCUCUAUGAGAAGUUUGCUUUCUGAUAGGAGCUUUAGGACAAAAACUUGUUCACAAGAUUGCGAAAAGACAGUUUUGAUUGUUCCAGAUACUUUAUCAUCGAAUGGUCCUUUGGAUAAGCCUUCUACUUCGAGGUCGCUUUCGCUUAACAAGAUUUUGUUCCCUUCAUCGACAAAAGCUGCACAUUCAUUACCGGUUACUCCAGUUGCAAAUUCAGGUGGAGAUAAUGUAGAUGGAACGCGUGUAGAGGGUGAUUCUGAUUUAAAUAAAGUGAAAGUGAAUAAGCAUAUGACUCGAUCAUUUUCAGUUCCGGUUAAUGUUAAAGCCACUAACUUAAGGCCUACAGAUUCAAGGCGCCUGGUUCGUGUAAUUUCAGCAAGACCACAUACAGCACCUUCUGAUGGCAUUUCAACUCGCAGUGAUUCAAUGCAAGAGAUUGUCAUUGAAGAUGCUUCUGAGGAUAUUCCCGAAGAAGAAGCGGUUUGUAGGAUUUGUUUGGUGGAGCUUACGGAAGGGGGUGAUACUCUUAGGAUGGAUUGCAGUUGUAAAGGCGAGCUUGCACUUGCUCACCAAGAUUGCGCAGUGAAGUGGUUUAGUAUCAAAGGAAAUAAGACAUGUGAUGUAUGCAAGCAGGAUGUCCGGAACCUUCCAGUAACACUCUUGAAAAUUUCUAGUCCUCCAACUGUUGUUCGGCGUCCAUUGAAUGCAUCACAGCAGAGAGAAACAGCUAAUUACAGGAUCUGGCAGGAUGUACCGGUACUUGUCUUGGUCAGCACUCUUGCAUACUUUUGUUUUCUUGAGGAACUACUGGUUACGGAUUUGGGUCCACGUGCUCUCGCCAUUUCUCUGCCUUUCUCAUGCAUCUUAGGUCUCCUUUCAUCUUUAAUCGCAUCAAGCAUGGUAAGCAGGAGUUACAUAUGGGCUUAUGCAUGCUUCCAGUUUGCAUUCGUCAUCCUGUUUGCGCAUGUAUUCUAUUCAAUUCUUAAUGUUACUGCGAUAUUCUCGGUUCUUCUUUCAACAUUCACCGGAUUCGGGAUUUCGAUCAGCGUGAAUUCUCUCUUGAUGGAAUAUAUUAGAUGGAAAACAAGUAGACAGAUUCAAUCUACUAAUCAAAACAUUAUUUCGAGACAGCAGCAGCAGCACCAAGAACAUCAACAGCACCAAAGACAGUAGUUGAGACCAGUUUUUCACACCGAUGGAGAAUUUUUCUGUUUCUUUUUAUUUAUUUUACUCAAUUUUCUAUGCUAUUUGAUUGGCAUUUUUCUCAGCUGUGGACCAAAAUAUUUAAAUCCACCAUGAGCAACAUAUAGUAUAUAGGAAUGUUUUGCUGAAUAUUUAAAGGGUGUAAGGUUUUUAAUUUACUUAUAAUAUAUGGCUCUCAUUUUUAAUCAUUAAA